AUGGUUCUGCCCACAUUCGUUCUUUCGGCUGCCCUAACUACUUCUGUGGCAGCUUACGAUACCCUCCUCAACUUCCACGGUGCCCCCGAAAUCGAAACUCGCACAAUCGAUGAGAUACACAAGGCUGCUGUUGCCGAAGGUGGUGUAGUUACUCUUUGGCACGGAGGCGACGAGAAGAACCAACAGGAUGCGCUGAAGGAAGCUUUCGAGAAGCGCUUCCCAGGGGUGACACUGAAUCUCACCGUCGACGUCUCAAAGUACAUUGACGGUGAUAUCGACCGCCAGCUGUCGCAAGGCAACGUGUACGUCGACAGUGUCAUUCUCCAGACCCUUCACGAUUAUCCCAGAUGGGACCAAGAAGGUGCUCUGUUGCGGUAUAAGCCGUUGGACUUUGACAAGAUUCACCCUGGAUUCCGCGACGUCUGGGCCUCGUGGUACGCGGUUGUUGUCUUUGGUUGGACCAACAUCUGGAAUGCCGAAAAGGUCUCUGAAGGUCCUGUCGAGUACUCAGACUUCCUGAAGCCUGAGUAUAAGGACAAGUUGGUCUUCACCUACCCGAACGACGAUGAUGCCGUUCUUUACGCAUUCGACCUGGCUUUGCAGCAGAACGGUUACAGUUGGUUCGAGAACCUCCUUACCCAAAACCCCCGCUGGGUUCGCGGUACUGCCACCCCGAGCACCGUUUUGGGCCAGGCCAACAACUCAUAUGCCGUCACCUUCACCAGUGCUCUAGGCCUGGCCCCAGCUGCCCCCUUCAACAUUUCCAUUCCCAAAGAUGGUUUCUUUGUCACCUGGGGUCAGCGCGCUGCAAUUCUCAAGGACGCUCCCCACAAGGAGGGCGCAAAGCUUCUUCACAACUUCUUGCUCAGCGAAGAGUAUCAGAGCCCCAACAACACCGGCAUGUGGAGCGUCCGCAAGGACAUCCCUGCCCCCGCCGGCUUCCCGGAUCUCAUGGAUGUCAACUCUACCAAUCCCGUUGACUUUGAGCGGUUCAUGGCGGAUCGUGAGCGGGUUGAGAGACUGAAGCUUUUCUUCGAGAGCAAGAUUGGCUCGGCUCAAGGACUCAGCCCCUUGAUUGACGAUUUGUAA